AAGCCAAGUUGGAGAGAAGAAUAGAAUGAUAAAAAAAAUCAGGUGGGCACUGCCCGCCCAGCAAAAUAUUCUUUCUUAUCCCCCUUUCCUCACAAGGAUUAGGGAAAGAUGCGUUCUUCUGCAAUCUAUAUAUUGACUGCAAUCUCAUGUAUUUUCUCUUCAUCUUCAAAGUCUCAAAUAGUUUAGGAACAAAGGCCUAGCGCUUUCUGAGCUUUCAACAUGUCGAUAGUGGAGAUGAUAGUUCACAUGGACUGUGCCGGUUGCGAAAGAAAGAUAAAGAAAGCUCUCCGGAAACUUGAUGGAGUAAAUGAAGUUGAUAUAGACUUGAACAUGCAAAAAGUGACGGUAAUGGGAUGGGUAGAGCAAGAGAAAGUCCUAAAGACAAUGAGGAAGAUGGGGCGGAGAGCCGAUCUAUGGCCAUAUCCUCAAGACCCAGAAUACUACAACAUUAUGCGCCAGUAUAAUUACCAUCAGCAUCGUGAUCUUGACCAGAAUCAAUCACUGAACUAUUAUGUAUCUUUGCCCAACUCUUCCUACAAUGACUAUAUACAUGGCUAUAGUAGUACCACCGCUCAACUAGGCUAUGGUUCUUACGAUGAUCAGCAGCCACCGUAUUCAACUAUAUAUCGUGAUCAUCAGAAUGAUUGGCAGGCCACCGCCAUAUUCAAUGAUGAAAACCCUCAUGCUUGUUCUAUAAUGUGAUGCAUGCAUGGCAGAUAUUCUCAAGGGUUUUCAAAUUUCAAUGCUUUUGAGGGAAUUAAGGAAGAUCAGUAUUGCCAAUGUUCAAUCCUGUCUUGCGUAUGUUGGGAUGCAUGGGUUUAAUUGAUUGCUUGCAAUGUUUACUUUUUUUUUCCUUCGGGUUGGUAGUACUUAAAAGUAAAUAGCAUGCAUGUAAAAAGAGUUCAAUGUAAAAACAGUGUUGACUGGUGUACGUUCUUCAUGUUCUCGAGUACUGAAUCGCUCUUGCGAGGCUAGCUGUAUAUGUCAGAUAAAUUGCAUGUAAUGAGAAAAUAAAAGUACGGAGAUAAAAGGAAAGAAAAUAUCAGCAGUUAUUAUUAACGUAGU